GAUUCGAAAUUAGAGUUUGUAUACAUUGGUUUUUGCGCUGUAAAAUUAAAAUCGAAAGGCUAAGGGACUACCCUAAAUUGAAGUUUAUCAUUUGAUUUCAAGAAAACUUUAUUGUCUGCAUUGCCCUUUCGACUAUGAUGCCGAAACUACUAAGUUGCUUGGGACUUAGCAUAUAUUUUCCACUCACUUAUUAUUUACCUUCGACAUUGUUGCCUUGCCUGGAGCACUGCAUCAAAUACUCUUCUUGGGAGAAAUGUGAACAAAUUAAGUUUGAACAUUUGUUAAUAGUGUCGGCUUUGGUCGGCGUCACUGGAUUGUUGUGGGUAUCGGCGAAUAGCACAGAAUUGCACUUUCUGUUCAACUGGAUAAUUGUCACAUUUGAAUUAAUAGUGCUUGAGAUUUCCUAUGUUGCUUAUGCUAUUAUUCUAUCAAGAAAUCAUUUUUGGAAAUGGCACAUUGUAUUCUUCGGUUUCCUGGUCGUCAGCUUUAUUUUGGUUUCGUUACACGUUCUGGUAGCAAAUAAGAUUGUAAAAAACCACUUCAUCGAAAACAUUUUUAGGGUGGUUCCUGAUAACACUGAUAUCUAGUACGGAGCAUUAAAUAAAUAUAUACUAUACUUAUAAACCUUCCUAUCGAAUUAAAAUAUAAUAACUAA